UGCCACCAAAAUCGCCAGUCAAUCAAGCAACGCGGUGCCAAUAGCGAAAAAAGGAUACCAUAGCAAAAUGAAUUUGCUAUAUAUCCUGCCUAUUUUGGCACUUACUGUACUGUGUACAGCAGAAAAUAGCAACAAUUUGGUUAGAGAAAAAAGAGCAGAUGGUUACUUUUACCCCAAACCAUCCAUCCCCUUCGAAAUUCAACCAAACAACCAAAUCAAUGAGGUUGUACCACCCCCAACUACAUCUAAACCAAGGACUACUGGAUAUGUCUACCCAAAACCUGAGAUUCCAUUCAAGUUACCUGAGCCAUCUGAUAACGAAAUAAAGGUUGUACCACCACCAACAACACCUAGGCCAACUUGCGCACCAGGUCAAAUAACCUUGCCUUAUGGAGGUUGUGGAUAUCCAACCACACCUAAACCAACCUGUGCUCCUGGACAAAUCAGAUCUGCCUCAGGAGUUUGUUUAAAUCCAACAACCCCACGUCCAACCUGCGCACCAGGUCAAAUAACCUUGCCUUAUGGAGGUUGCGCAUAUCCAACUACCCCAAAACCAACUUGCGCACCCGGACAAAUCCAGACCUCUCCGGGAGGUUGCGUAUAUCCAACCACACCUAAACCAACAUGCGCACCCGGACAAAUUACACUUCCCAAUGGAGGUUGCGGUUAUCCAACUACACCUAGACCAACUUGCGCACCCGGACAAAUUCAAACCUCUUCGGGAGGUUGCGUAUAUCCAACCACACCCAAACCAACAUGCGCACACGGACAAAUUACACUUCCCUACGGAGGUUGCGGUUAUCCAACUACUCCAAGGCCAACUUGCGCACCCGGACAAAUCCAGACUUCUUCCGGAGGUUGCGUGUAUCCAACUACACCUAAACCAACUUGUGCACCCGGACAAAUCAGAUCCGCCUCUGGAGUUUGUGUUUAUCCAACGACCCCACGUCCAACCUGCGCACCAGGUCAAAUAACCUUGCCUUAUGGAGGUUGCGGAUAUCCAACAACAUCUAAACCAAAGACUACUGGAUAUGUCUAUCCAAAACCUGAGAUUCCAUUCAAGUUACCUGAACCAUCCAACAACAAAAUAAAGGUUGUACCACCACCAACAACACCUAGACCUACUUGCGCACCGGGUCAAAUAACCUUGCCGUAUGGAGGUUGCGGAUAUCCAACCACACCCAAACCAACUUGUGCACCCGGACAAAUCAAAUCUGCCUCUGGAGUGUGUGUAUAUCCAACCACUCAACGUCCAACUUGCGCACCAGGUCAAAUAACCUUGCCGUAUGGAGGUUGCGGAUAUCCAACUACCCCAAGACCAACUUGCGCACCUGGACAAAUACAAACCGCUAAUGGAGGUUGUGUAUAUCCAACAACUCAACGUCCAACUUGUGCACCAGGUCAAAUUACUUUGCCUUAUGGAGGUUGCGGAUAUCCAACUACACCUAAACCAACCUGCGCACCAGGACAAAUAAAAACCGCUUCUGGAGGUUGCGUUUAUCCAACCACUCCACGACCAACUUGUGCUCCAGGUCAAAUCCAAACUGCCAAUGGAGGUUGCAUUUAUCCAACUACACCUAAACCAACCUGCGCACCUGGACAAAUCACACUGCCUUAUGGAGGUUGCGGAUAUCCAACUACAUCUAAGCCAAAGACCACUGGAUACAUAUAUCCAAAACCUGAGAUUCCAUUUAAGUUACCUGAACCAUCUAAUAACAAAAUUAAGGUUGUACCUCCACCAACAACACCUAGACCAACUUGCGCCCCCGGACAAAUAACCCUGCCAUAUGGAGGUUGUGGGUAUCCAACCACACCUAAACCAACUUGUGCUCCUGGACAAAUCAGAUCAGCUUCUGGAGUUUGUGUUUAUCCAACAACACCACGUCCAACUUGUGCACCAGGUCAAAUAAUCUUGCCAUAUGGAGGUUGCGGAUAUCCAACUACCCCAAGACCAACUUGCGCACCCGGACAAAUCCAAACCUCUUCGGGAGGUUGCGUAUAUCCAACCACGCCUAAACCAAGCACCACUGGAUAUGUCUAUCCAAAACCUGUGAUACCAUUUAAGUUACCUGAACCAUCAAUUAAUCAAAUCAAGAUUGUACCCAGACCAACUACUCUACCAACCAGGCCUCCAACAACACAAACCUACUUACCACCAAGAACCACUACACCAAGACCAACCUGUGCUCCAGGUCAAAUAACCUUACCUUAUGGAGGUUGCGGAUACCCAACUACACCUAAACCAACCUGCGCACCAGGACAAAUUAGAACCGCAUCUGGAAGUUGCGUAUAUCCAACCACACCACGCCCAACCUGUGCUCCUGGUCAAACCCAAACAGCUAAUGGAGGUUGCGUUUAUCCCACGACGCCUAAACCAACCUGCGCACCAGGUCAAAUCACCCUACCUUAUGGAGGGUGCGGAUAUCCAACUACACCUAAACCAACUUGUGCUCCUGGACAAAUUCAAUUGCCUUAUGGAGGUUGCGGAUACCCAACUACACCUAAACCAAUCACUAGGGCUCCAUCCACUUAUUUACCACCUAGAACCACUACACCACGUCCAACCUGUGCCCCAGGUCAAAUAACCUUGCCUUAUGGAGGUUGCGGAUACCCAACUACACCUAAACCAACCUGUGCUCCAGGUCAAAUAACCUUGCCCUAUGGAGGUUGCGGAUACCCAACUACACCUAAACCAACCUGUGCACCUGGACAAAUUCAAUUGCCUUAUGGAGGUUGCGGAUAUCCAACAACACCUAGACCAAUCACUAGGGCACCAUCCACUUAUUUACCACCUAGAACAACUACACCACGUCCAACCUGUGCUCCAGGUCAAAUAACCUUGCCCUAUGGAGGUUGCGGAUACCCAACUACAACCACAAGAAGACCAUAUAAACAAGAAGAGUCAGUAACCAAACUUGUGGUUAACUGUGCACCAGGUCAAAUCCGUUUACCAUAUGGAGGUUGUGGAUACCCAAGCACACCUAAACCAACCUGCGCACCAGGUCAAAUCACACUUCCUUAUGGAGGGUGCGGAUAUCCAACUACACCAAAACCAACCUGCGCACCAGGACAAGUUAGAAGCGCAUCUGGAAGUUGCGUAUAUCCAACCACACCACGCCCAACCUGUGCUCCUGGUCAAAUCCAAACAGCUAAUGGAGGUUGCGUUUAUCCCACGACGCCUAAACCAACCUGUGCACCAGGUCAAAUCACACUGCCUUAUGGAGGUUGCGGAUAUCCAACUACACCUAGACCAAUCACUAGGGCACCAUCCACUUAUUUACCACCUAGAACCACUACACCACGUCCAACCUGUGCUCCAGGUCAAAUAACCUUGCCCUAUGGAGGUUGCGGAUACCCAACUACACCUAAACCAACCUGUGCUCCAGGUCAAAUCACACUGCCUUAUGGAGGUUGCGGAUAUCCAACUACACCUAAACCAACUUGUGCUCCUGGACAAAUUCAAUUACCUUAUGGAGGUUGCGGAUACCCAACUACACCAAGACCAAUCACUAGGGCACCAUCCACUUAUUUACCACCUAGAACCACUACACCACGUCCAACCUGUGCCCCAGGUCAAAUAACCUUGCCUUAUGGAGGUUGCGGAUACCCAACUACACCUAAACCAACCUGUGCUCCAGGUCAAAUCACACUGCCUUAUGGAGGUUGCGGAUAUCCAACUACACCUAAACCAACUUGUGCUCCUGGACAAAUUCAAUUGCCUUAUGGAGGUUGCGGAUACCCAACUACACCAAGACCAAUCACUAGGGCACCAUCCACUUAUUUACCACCUAGAACCACUACACCACGUCCAACCUGUGCCCCAGGUCAAAUAACCUUGCCUUAUGGAGGUUGCGGAUACCCAACUACACCUAAACCAACCUGUGCUCCAGGUCAAAUCACACUGCCUUAUGGAGGUUGCGGAUAUCCAACUACACCUAAACCAACUUGUGCUCCUGGACAAAUUCAAUUGCCUUAUGGAGGUUGCGGAUACCCAACUACACCUAGGCCAAUCACUAGGGCACCAUCCACUUAUUUACCACCUAGAACCACUACACCACGUCCAACCUGUGCUCCAGGUCAAAUAACCUUGCCCUAUGGAGGUUGCGGAUACCCAACUACACCUAAACCAACCUGUGCUCCAGGUCAAAUCACACUGCCUUAUGGAGGUUGCGGAUAUCCAACUACACCUAAACCAACUUGUGCUCCUGGACAAAUUCAAUUGCCUUAUGGAGGUUGCGGAUACCCAACUACACCUAGGCCAAUCACUAGGGCACCAUCCACUUAUUUACCACCUAGAACCACUACACCACGUCCAACCUGUGCCCCAGGUCAAAUAACCUUGCCUUAUGGAGGUUGCGGAUACCCAACUACACCUAAACCAACCUGUGCUCCAGGUCAAAUCACACUGCCUUAUGGAGGUUGCGGAUAUCCAACUACACCUAAACCAACUUGUGCUCCUGGACAAAUUCAAUUGCCUUAUGGAGGUUGCGGAUACCCAACUACACCUAGGCCAAUCACUAGGGCACCAUCCACUUAUUUACCACCUAGAACCACUACACCACGUCCAACCUGUGCUCCAGGUCAAAUAACCUUGCCCUAUGGAGGUUGCGGAUACCCAACUACACCUAAACCAACCUGUGCUCCAGGUCAAAUCACACUGCCUUAUGGAGGUUGCGGAUAUCCAACUACACCUAAACCAACUUGUGCUCCUGGACAAAUUCAAUUACCUUAUGGAGGUUGCGGAUACCCAACUACACCAAGACCAAUCACUAGGGCACCAUCCACUUAUUUACCACCUAGAACCACUACACCACGUCCAACCUGUGCCCCAGGUCAAAUAACCUUGCCUUAUGGAGGUUGCGGAUACCCAACUACACCUAAACCAACCUGUGCUCCAGGUCAAAUCACACUGCCUUACGGAGGUUGCGGAUACCCAACUACACCUAAACCAACUACAACCACAAGAAGACCAUAUAAACAAGAAGAGUCAGUAACCAAACUUGUGGUUGACUGCGCACCAGGUCAAAUCCGUUUACCGUAUGGAGGUUGUGUCUACCCAAGCACACCUAAACCAACCUGCGCACCUGGACAAAUAAGAUCCGCUUCUGGAGUGUGUGUAUAUCCGACAACUCAACGUCCAACUUGUGCACCAGGUCAAAUAACCUUGGCCUAUGGAGGUUGCGGAUAUCCAACUACACCUAAACCAAUCACAUAUUUACCACCUAGAACGACUACACCACGCCCAACCUGUGCUCCAGGUCAAAUAACUUUGCCCUAUGGAGGAUGCGGAUAUCCAACUACACCUAAACCAGUUACCAGAGCACCGACAACAUAUUUACCGCCUAGAACCACAACUACCACACGUAGAACCACCAGGUACACAACUACUCCACGUCCAACCUGUGCACCAGGUCAAAUUCAGACCCCAUACGGAGGUUGUGUAUAUCCAACCACCACCACAACUCCAAGACCAACCACCAGAGCUCCAUCAACAUAUUUACCUCCAAGGACCACAACAACCACUCCAAGACCAAUAAGUACCGGGGCUCCAUUCUACUUACCUCCAAAAACCACAACAACCACUUUUAGAACCGUAGAAAUACCCAGAAGGCCACAAACACCACCUCCAGUGGUAUACCUACCAUCUGAACACGUAAAUGAAAUUGAUUUUUCCGCCUAG